CAACAAUGUUGUUAAAAGCUCGCAACGUUCACAAAACCUUUAAACUUUUCCCAGAUGACUCAAUUCUUUCCGCAUAUAGUUGUGCUAGUGUUGUUUCAAUUGAAAUACAGAAAUUUUCAAUUGUAUAAAGAGCAUAAAAUAAUAAAUUAUAACUUAAAUUAUGCUUUAAUUUAGAAUUUAUCAACCCAAAACUAGCAAUCUAAAGAAUCUCCUUAAUUUUUCAUUUAUGUUUUCAUUGAAUUGUCGACGAAUCAUCACAAAAUUAUGCUCUCAACAUAAGAUUAACAUUACGUCUCAGGUUUUUAGUCAUCAAGCAGCUACACAACUUUGGACGAAGAAUAUUCAACAAAAUUUUCUGGAAUCUCAAAAAUUAAUCAUGGGUGCAGGAAGUUGUAAGGCAUUCUCACAUAGGAGAUCAAAUAAUGCUGUGGGCCAUAAUUGUGGCAAAUCAGAUGAAUAUGUCGAGCAAGUCGUCUGCAAUGAGAAUGACAUCGGUGAAAAUGAAAUGAAGAAUUUUGAUCUUGGCGACUCAAAGGUGCUGAUUGUUAAACAAAAUGGAAAAAUAUCAGCAGUCGGUGCCAAGUGCAGUCAUUAUGGAGCUUUACUCUCGACUGGUGCAUUAGGUGAUGGAAGGAUUAGAUGUCCAUGGCACGGAGCUUGCUUUAGUUUAGCAAAUGGUGAUAUUGAAGACUUUCCAGGACCAGAUCCAAUUCCAUGUUAUCAAGUUAAGAUUGAACAAGGUCAAGUUAAAGUUCGUGCUAAGAAAUCUGAGCUUCAAUCAAACAAAAGAACUCAUGUCAUGGCAAAACGUCAAGAAAAUGAUUUCAGGACAUACAUAGUCGUUGGUGGAGGUCCAAGUGGUGCUAUUUGUGCUGAAAAUCUACGAGCAAAAGGGUUCACUGGACGAAUUGUCAUGAUUACUAAUGAAUCUGUCCUUCCAUAUGAUAGACCAAAAUUGAGUAAAAUUAUGGAUGCUAAUGCUGAUUCCGUCCUGCUUAGAACUCAACAAUUUUAUGAUGACAAUAGCAUCGAAGUUAUGUUAAGCACAUCAGCUUCUUCAUUAGAUGCAGAGAAUAAGGAAAUUUUGCUCUCAAAUGGCUACAAAAUUAAGUAUGACAAGAUUUAUAUAGCUACAGGAGCUUCAGCCAGAAAAUUAAGCAUUCCUGGAUCCGAUUUGAAGAAUAUUUUCGUGCUAAGAAGCAUUGAGGAUGCUCAUGCCAUUGAUGAACAAUUAGGAGAGGAGACUCAUGUUGCUAUUCUUGGUGUAAGUUUCAUUGGAAUGGAAGCAGCAGCAUAUUGUGUAAAGAAAGUUGAAAAAGUGACAGUAAUUGGACGUGAUGCAUAUCCGUUGCGUGCCUUUGGACAAGAAGUUGGAGAAAGACUUAUGGAAUAUUUUGAGGAAAAGGAUGUAAACUUUAUGAUGAAUAAUGGAAUUAAAGAAAUUGUUGGAAAUGAUGAUGGAACUAUAAAGUCAUUAAAAAUGUUUGAUGGAAGUGAAUUAAAAGCAGAUGUGCUCAUUAUGGGCGUUGGAACGACAUUCAAUACAGAAUUCUUAAAGAAUAGUGGAAUUGCCAUCAACAGUAAUGGAUCAAUUGACACAAAUAAAUAUCUUGAGACAAACAUUCCAGACGUUUAUGUAGGCGGUGAUAUUGCAAAUGCACCAUUGCUUAAUACAGAACAUCGUGAAGCAAUUGGACAUUAUGGUUUAGCUCAAUAUCAUGGAAAGAUUGCAGCAAUGAAUAUGUGUGGGAUGAAGGAAGAACUCAAGACUGUUCCUUACUUCUGGACAAUGUUGUUUGGUAAAUCAAUUCGUUAUGCUGGCCAUGGAAGAGCCAGUGAGAUUAAAAUUGAAGGUGACUUAGAAGAAAUGCAGUUUGUCGUGUUCUACAUGAAUAAUGAAGGUAAAGUCAUCGCAAUGGCAUCAUGUUCACGUGAUCCUAUCGUUUCUCAAUUUGCUGAAUAUACAUCAAUGGGCAAAAUACUCACAAAAGCAGACAUUGAAAGCGAUCCAUUUGGAUGGACCAAAAAGAUGCAUGAAUAAUAUGAAAGCAUAAGAUAUUAAUGCCUUUGUGGUAUUUUGCGAAUUACAAUUUACUCAAAUUUUUAAUGACUUUAUACAUGUUGUGAUGUACACAAAUUUAUACUUUCCAGUAAAGUUAUUUACACAUAAAAUAAAUACAAUAAAGUACGAACCAAUCCUACAAUCUUAAAUGCACAAGAAUUAAAAAAUUUCUAUAAAC